UGCUGAUGCCCUUGGGAUGGGAUGGGGAUGGGGUGGAGUUCUGCUGGGUGAAGGCUGGUGGCUGCAUGUUACCCCCUAAAUCCAGCAGGACGUCCCCUCUGUGACGUUACGUGACGUGGGAGGGGUGUCCCGCACAGGCACCACUUUAAAACCCAUCAGCAAAGAUGCUCCAUAACAACAGAGAGAACUUUUCCAAAAUAAGACUUGAGAAGAGAGGAAAAGUUUCAGAAGAAGAAGAAAAAAAAAACAAAAGUAGGAGUCUGUGAAUUCUGACAUUUCUUCCGGACUUGAAGCGACCAAUGUGGCUGCUCGGAUCUACAUCCCAAAUGAUGAUGAUGAUGAUGGAUGAGCGCGUCUCUCCCUCCGCACGUUCCGUGCAGAGCCCGGGAACACACCCGUCCACCGUCCACAGCAUCGAGGCCAUCCUGGGCUUCAAAGAGGACACCAUCUUCCACCAGUCGGCCUCUUACACCGGGACACAGAAAGACCAGGACCGCAGCGGGAACGUUACUGUGACCCAGGGGAAGAAAAGUCAUUACACUGACAGUUGUGAGACAGGUGUGUGCACCGGAGAAGCUUCCGCAGGUCCGGACUCGCCGGACAGAGACGGCAAGCUGUCCGACGACGAGAACCAGAAAAAGAAACACCGCCGGAACCGAACCACCUUCACCACCUUCCAGCUCCACGAACUGGAGCGGGCCUUCGAGAAGUCCCAUUACCCGGACGUGUACAGCAGAGAGGAGCUGGCCCUAAAGGUCAACCUACCGGAGGUCCGAGUGCAGGUGUGGUUUCAAAACCGACGAGCCAAGUGGCGUCGUCAGGAGAAGCUGGAGGUGAACGCCAUCAAGCUGCAGGACACCCCUUCCCCCUCUCUUCUGUCUUUUGGCCGAUCCACCACCAGCUCCCUGGGCUCCGGGCUGCCGCUUGAGCCCUGGCUUUCCACCCCUAUCACAUCUCCGGCCCCUCUGCAGUCGCUGCCAGGCUUCAUUGGCGGCUCACAGACCCUACCGGGCGCCUACGCUCCCUCUCCUCCCCCGUCCAUGCCUCCUUCCUUGCCAGCGUCUAUUUUCAACUCCCCAGCCCUGGGACACAGCCCUCACCUUUCCCACAUCGGUUCUAUGUGCUCCCUGCCACCCACAUACCAGUGCUCAGCCAACCCAAGGAACUCCAGUAUAGCCUCACUGAGGAUGAAAGCCAAGGAGCACAUUCAGUCUAUUGGGAAGACGUGGUGAUGCCAGUGGAAAGGUUAAGACGGACAUUCACACCCAGGAGACUGUGAUUUGAAAAGAUUUUAUCUUUCUACAGAUUGGAUUGUAAUUUUCGGAUUACAAAUUUGUAAUUUUCUUGGGACCUGAACGUCCUGAUCCCAAGAAAAAAAAAAAAACUGUCAAAAUUCUGAUAGGCGAUACGUAAGUUCCUGAAACGUUGUAAAAAACAAAAAAGUUCAGUAUAAAGACAGUUAUUUGGGUGUACUCUCCAUAUAUAUUUUUUGUUAGAAAAUUGAUUCAACUGUGAUGUUCUGUUUUAUUUUAUUUUUUUCUCAUUUUGGCAAAACGUUUUGUUAUUAGUUAAACAAACGUAGAAUGGAACCCAUUUGUAUCCUUUCAUUAUUUUGACAGCAACACAACCACACCUUUGUUGCUGAUCAUUCACAGUCUUUUUGAUUGACAGUGUAACAAAUGUAAUUUAUUUUUUGUCUGUACAAUAAACUCUCAGAUAUUUUUUUUCAAAAACUGUUUCCAAAUGCAA